AGUCUGUUGUACAAUUUAACCUAUAAAGUUAAGUUCAUAGUACAUUCUCAAUAUGUUAUUAGGACAGGUAGUGGAUGUCAGGCUACACUUGGGAGUGGUAAGGACAUGAACCUUUCUGCUGCCUGCUUUUUGCCCCAUUUCUGACCCCUAUUCCUAACCAUAGUGCUUUCAUUACUGCCCCUACCAGGAGGACAAGGAAUGAUAAACCUUUGAAGUGAAGGGGUGGGAAAGUGAGUGGUAGUGGAGAGAUGAAUGGAAUUGUAGCAACAAGGUAUACAGAUGAAGACAGUGACUAGUGUGAAUGAGGGAGUAGACAAGUUUUUAGUUUUAUUAAUCUCUUUAAACAUCAGAGGAUGUUGAACAUAGCAGCACAUCGUAGGGGUUUAAAAUCUGGGCUGGGUUUAAUCCUGGCUCUCUCAUUAAAUCUUGGUGUAUUUUCUCAGUAGUGCAGCAUUGCUAAUAGCAGUCCCUCGAUAGAAUCAUCGCACUGACUAUUCAAAAUACAGAUAUGGAGCUUAAUGACACUGCUUACUAAGUGUUAGCUGCUAUUAUAAGAUAACCAUAUGAAGUCUGUGCAGGGAACGUAUUUGACCUUUUCUCCAAAACUGUGAUUUUAAAACUUUAAAGAAUUUGAUGAUAGAAAACCAAACCAAAACAAGAGCUUUGCUUUUCUUGACUUGUAAAGAGGAGUAUUUAAUAAUUCUCCUUUUCCUGUUCUCUCUGGCUGCCAGGAAGCUACAGCAAGGGUUGAAAUUAGACAAAAGUAAGUUGACAGUCACUGUCGUGAUCUUGUAUUCUUUUAUCAUCUCUGUCUCUCAGUGUUCACAUUUGCAUUUUUAAAGAAAAUCAUCUGUGAGUUUAGACUGUUACAGACUGCCUUUUCAAAAGUGUAAGAGCUCCCGGAGGAGAGCGGUUAACUUCGAAUCAUCUUAAGGUCUGGUUCCUGGCUGCUAACAAUCCUCACUUCUGUCUUCUCCCCAUUUCCUCUUGCUGCAACUGCGCGGGGGCGGUGCCCUGGCGGAGGAAGCUGCCAGUUGCUAGGAUACGGCCAGCAACAGAACAUCUAAGCAGGAAGAGGAGGCUUCUGAGGACUGGAGAAACCUUUUGGUCUGUAUGUAAUAGCUGUGUUUCUUGAGCAGGAAAAUGUCUGACACAGAGGAGCAUGUUGAUCCUGAGAAAAAAGCCGAGUCCACAGCAGAGAGCGAAGGUACUGCUGAUGUUAUCAGUAUCCCUCGUCCUUUUGAAGAAGCAGAAGAGUCAGAUAUCACUGUAGAGGAGGAAUCUGAAAUUGAAUUCACCACCGAGAGUGAGGAAACAACAGAGGGGCAGAGUGAACGCACCAUUUCCACUGCAAAGUCCUAUGAAGCCAAAGCCAGGGAAGAGAUUGUGUCCCCUGAAAAUACUGCGUAUUCUCAGGAAGAACAGACCCUUGUGGAUUAUCCGAGGCCGGAAGAUGAGGAGAUGACAUUGCUGAGUAAAAUAAAAGCUUCAAAAGAGACUUUGCAGAAAUCAAUAAGUGAGGCUUCAGCAACAGUAAAAUUUGUACUUGUUCCUGUAGCCCAGGAAAUCAUAAUGCCUGUUAGAGUUGAUAUUCCGUUUAGAUAUCUCAAGGAGCACUUUGCACGCCUAUUACGUAUCCCACAUUAUGUACUGCAAAUAACACAUGCAGGAAUAAUUGUUGGGAACAGUGAAAGUCUAAUCCAAUACGGAGUUAAGCCACAAGAAAUUGUGCAAGUGGAGAUAUUUUCCACACAUCCCGAUCAGUAUCCAAUCAGGAGAGUGGAAGGCCUGAGUGAGGGCUCCCAGAUCAUCACAGUCACCAUACAGACGGGCCCUGAUCGCUAUGAGGAGGUAGCUGUGGAGAUAGUAAAAUCUGACUUCCACAAGCCAUUUCUCGGUGGAUUUAGACAUAAAACAACAGGAGUAGAAUAUCACAAUGCCGGAACACAAACCAUACCUAGAAAGAUUCCUGAAAAACCCAAUCGGUUUUGUAGGGACACCCAGACAGUCUUUCAGAGGAAGAAGGUACAACAAACUACAAAUACAACAUCCACUCAGAUGACUAAAAUUGGUGUGUAUGUAUCAAACAUAACUGAUAAACUGGUCAAACCAGGGAGGUACUUCACAGCAGCAGAGUUCCACGCUCGGAGAUUGAAGGCGGUGAUAGUGAUACAGACUCGCUACAGGCAAUGGCAUGCUAAGCGGUAUGUAGACAGUUUAAGAGAACAAAAGAGAAAGAGGCUGGAUUGGGAAGAAGAGCAAGAGCUCAAGAAGAUCAGAGAAAAGGAAGAGUGGAUGCAGAUGGACUACUACCGGAGGCACAACCCUAAGACAAGCGAGGACUUUGAGCUACUUUACAAUGCUCUAGAACUUUGGCGGCAAGAAGAAAUUACACAAAUUGACCAGUAUUCGAGUCAAGCCGAGAGGAAAGCUGCCCUGUGUGAGCUUUUGGAAAAAGAGACACAGAUCAUUUCUUCCAUUGGGAGACAUAGAUAUAUUGCUAAUAUGGAGCGCCAGGAAGCAGCUAUACAACGUUUUCUGGAUAAGUGUUCAGCUCCAAAGACCUGGAGAAACCCUGAUGGCAAAAUCAUUGAAAUGGACACACAGUUCACUCUAAGAGCCAGAGAGCUGCAAAGCAUCUACAAGUGUGUCAUGCUGAGAGACCUCUCUCAGGAUGAAAGGCUGGACAUACUCCUGACGCUCAAGCACACUGUGAAGGAACACGAAUGUAAACUGACCCAAGAAAUCUUAGAAUUGAUUGACAGAGAAGUUGACCUCAUGAUGAGAGGAGUCAAACCUCAUAAUCUUGAAGGACUCAGAAAAAGAAUUACGACACUCUUUUUUCACUAUAUCAAAACACCUCUGUUUAAUCCUGAAGUUGCAAGAUACCUUAAGGUCCCUCAAGACCCACUGAAGUUUUACGAUAAGAUUUAUUUUUGCCACAGUUGCCAGUUGUAUUUGCCUUCUGUGGAAUUUUCUGUGUCACCCACCUCGCAUCGUGUGUACCGCUGCCGACACUGUGUGAACCUUGAGAAUGAGACUCAAAAACGAGAGUCGUUUUUGAAGUACAAGUGUUUACUUCAGCGGCUCUACUACUCAGAAGCCAAUUAUGGGGAUGACUCUCAGAUUGCUUUCCUCAUGCAGCUCCAAGAUAUUAAGUACUUGACAGAGAACAUCUGGGCAUCCCAGUCCAUCCUCAGUGCCUGGGAUGAUCUCAAUGACCUGGUCAUGGUCAGGUGGGAUAAGAAUGUGGAAUGGUCUCCCUGGAACUGCAUUCUUCUCACCAAGGAUGAAGGGGUAGCUCAUCUCAAGCUACAGAGUAUUGAGCAGGGGUAUGGACGCCUUUUUAUUCACAAGAUCAAGCACAAGCAUAUCCUGGCUAAAAAUUAUUUUUCACAGAUUCCAAUGCUUGCUUCACUUAUGCUUCAAGAUGAGGAAGUAGACGGUAUCAGAAGUAAAUACUGCACAGAUAAGCCACCUAAAAUUAUAGAACCCCAUGGGACUCGACCUUAGGAGGUUCAGGAAUACCAACCUGAUGAUGAGCAUUUUUGUUUUCUACUAAGAGAGUAAUACAGAGGUCAUGUAAUAUGGGAACCACUUUUAUAUUUCCAUUUGUAUUUGUUUUAUUCACAGUAUUUUAAGCUAUAUGACUAGAAAAAAAUCUGUAUACAUGAACCAUUGUUGGGUGAUUAGUAUUUACAGUCAAAAUACAACAGCCAAACAAAACCUUGGCUUAAGUUUCAAUGAAAAUAGUUCAUUUAACAUAUAUUUUAUGAGUGUAAUUAUUCUCUAUACAUACCUGUAUUUUGAUAUAAGUAUUUGGAAUUUUUACUUUUAUUGUCUAUUUUUACCUUUUAAUUGCAUAAUCCAAGAAAAGAAAAUGUAACAAACAAAAAAUCUGCAUUACAUGCCAUGAAACAAGGCAAACAGUAGAAAUGUUAUUUAUAGAGGAGACUUCCUGUGGGGCAAUGUUGAAAUUCUGUAAGAAGUAUGAACUUGAUCAAAUCAACUGUCAGCCUACAUCUCAAUAAACUCAACAAUAACCUUGGCUCUA